UGCUACUCUCUUCUCAAUUCUCCACAAUUCUGCAAAGCUGAUCCCAUCUCAAUACUCUCCAACUUAAAAUCCCUUCUUCUGUAAAUUUAUGCACAUAUAUAGACUCUCACCGUUGUUUGUCAACUAAAAAAAAAAAAUGGGUUGUACACAAUCAAAGAUCGAAAACGAAGAAACAGUGACUAGAUGCAAAGAGAGAAAACACUUUAUGAAAGAAGCCGUAUCAUCUCGCAACGCUUUCGCUGCAGCUCACUCAUCUUACACUAUGUCCUUAAAAAACACUGGCGCCGCCCUAAGCGAUUACGCUCACGGCGAAGUUCAAUUCCCUUCCACCGUCGCCGACACCGGCGCCGCCGUCAACGCCGUCAACCCCGCCGUUGCUCCGCCGUUAUCUUCCGCACCGUUAGAUAUGCCGCCACCACCUCCACUACCUUUUACUAAUCCUACGAAUUUCCCACUUUCUCCUUUACAGCGUGCUGCUACUAUGCCUGAAAUUCCUAUCCCUAAAACCGAGCCGAAACGAUCCGAUAUUAUUGAGGAGGAGGAGGAUGAAGAUGAGGAUAUGGAUACUGAAAGUACGCAUAAUUUAAAGCAUCGGAGUAGUAAGAGUAGCGGCGGCGGUGGUGGUGGUGGAAUUGGUGGCAGAGGUUCAGCAUCUCAUAGACAGCAGGGUAUCGAGGAUGAUGAAUUGCCUAUGCCUACACCUCCUUCUCUACCUCGGCCGCAGCAGAAUAAUCGGACGCCGCCUCCACCACCACCAUCAGAUAGCAAGGGGAUGGCCUCCAUGUCGUGGGAUUUUUUCUUCCCUUCAAUGGAAAACGUACCAGGGUCGACACUAGCAGAGGAGGACGAGAGUAGGAUUCAAAGAGAUGAAUUGGAGCGGAGAAUGAUGCAGGAAAGGACCAACAGAAAUGAAAACGAUGUACGUGCUGAUGAAACUGAAAGAGUGAGGAAAAAUGAGAUGCCAGAGGUGGCAGGGGUGGUGGAAACGGUAGCAGAGCCGCCGUCACAGCCACCUCCUCCGCCUCAGGCUGCUACGAAGGUUGGGAAAGGAGUGAAAAAUGUUGUUCCAGGAGAGAGUAAAAAGAAAGGGGGAGGUCAAUUUAACCUUCUUCAGAUAUUUUCUGAGCUGGAUGAUUGUUUCCUUAAGGCAUCUGAGAGUGCUCAUGGAAUAUCUAAGAUGCUCGAGGCAAAUCGAUUGCAUUAUCACUCAAAUUUUGCCGAUAAUAGAGGACACAUUGAUCAUUCUGCGAGGGUCAUGCGUGUCAUAACAUGGAAUAGGUCCUUCAGAGGUUUGCAAAAUGCCGAUGAUGGGGUGGACGACUUCGAUUCAGAAGAACAUGAAACUCAUGCAACAGUGUUAGACAAGAUGCUUGCAUGGGAGAAAAAACUGUAUGAUGAAGUGAAGGCAGGAGAACAAAUGAAACUUGAAUAUCAGAGAAAGGUCGCUUCAUUGAAUAAGCUCAAGAAACGCGGUACAAAUACAGAAAGCUUAGAGAGAGUGAAAGCUACAGUAAGUCAUCUACACACAAGAUACAUUGUUGACAUGCAGUCGAUGGAUUCUACUGUUUCAGAGAUAAAUCGGUUACGUGAUGAGCAACUUUAUCCAAAAUUGGUUGCUCUUGUUGAAGGGAUGGCUAUAAUGUGGGAGAGCAUGAGAGGAUAUCAUGUAAGUCAGUCUAAGAUUGUGCAAGCGCUGACGUAUUUGGAUGUAUCUCAAUCCCCUAAAGAAACAACUGAGCACCAUCAUGAACGAACUUGGCAGUUGUAUGUUGUUGUCCAAGAGUGGCAUUCACAGUUUGACAAAUUGGUUAUCUACCAAAAACAGUAUAUCAAAGCUCUUAACAAUUGGUUAAAGCUAAAUCUCAUCCCUAUAGACACAAAUCUGAAAGAAAAGGUUUCGUCGCCACAAAGACCCCAAAAUCCGCCAAUUUUGGCACUAAUACAUGCCUGGCAUGAUUAUCUGGAGAAGCUUCCUGAUGAGUUGGCUAGAACUGCUAUUUAUAACUUUUCAGCUGUCAUACAUACAAUCUUUGAAUACCAAAAGGAGGAGAUUAAGCUGAAGGACAGGUGUGAGGAAACUCGGAGAGAGCUUAACAAGAAGACUAGGCAAUAUGAGGAUUGGUAUCAUAAGCAUAUGCAGCGUAAAAUGCCCUCAGAUGAAAUGGAUCCAGAGGGGCUGCAGGACGAUAGUCUUGUGGUUGAUCGGCAGCUACAGUUAGAGGCGCUGAGGAAGAGGCUGGAAGACGAGGAGGAUGCAUACCAGAGGCAAUGUCGUCAGGUGAGAGAUAAGUCUUUGACAAGUCUGAGAAGCCGCUUGCCUGAGCUUUUCGCGGCAAUGUCAGAAUAUUCUCUUGCCUGUGCUGAUAUGUACAGGGACUUGAGGUCUAUCUCAAAGCAUCGUAAUAGAAAUGGCAACACAUGAUUGAUGAUACUGUAUACAAGUAGUUGUAGUGUAAACUGUUUAUCUGUUGCAUUGCCCUUUUUAUGGCACAACUGUGAGAGGUGUGAUUUAUUUCAUUACUUGUAGUGUUCUCGUAUAUGGGAUCAAAGAAGAUUAAAGUUUCUGGCAGAAUAUGUCAAGAAGCCAGCAAGUUCAGAAUAUGUGCUCCCCGUGGAUUUGUUGUGUCAAUUCAAGUCUGACAUAUGAACUUGAAAGAGCAAUGGGAACUUCCGCAACAUUUUCUCGUCUAUAAAUGACAUUGGCCUAAAAGUGCCUGAUAUAUAUCAUCUCAAGGAGGUGCAUGUUAUCGAAAUUAGAGUUCCAAAUAAAUGCUUGAGAAUUUUGAAUA